CCUCUCCCCGUAGGACGGUCCCGCGCCCUCCGCUGUGAAGAGAAUGGCCGUGACUCUAGAGCAGGCCCAGCGGGUGGGCUAUACCUGUCUGAAAGCACUCCUCAGGUUCGCUUUUAUGGUCGCCAAUAACCUGGUUGCUAUUCCGUCCUACGUCUUGUAUUUAAUUAUGCUGCAGCCUCUCCGAGUGUUGGAUAGCAAAAGCUUCUGGUAUAUCGAAGGAGUAUUAUUUAAGUGGCUUUUAGCUAUGGUGGCUUCCUGGGGCUGGUGGGCAGGAUAUACAGUAGUGGAAUGGGGUGAUGAUGUUAAAGCAGUAUCAGAAGAUGAAGCCAUGGUGCUGGUGAACCAUCAAGCAACGGGUGAUGUCUGCACUCUGAUGAUGUGCCUUCAGGAUAAAGGCACGGUUGUCCGUCAGAUGAUGUGGCUGAUGGAUCAUAUUUUUAAGUAUACAAACUUUGGCAUUGUAUCUCUAAUCCAUGGAGACUUCUUUAUAAGACAGGGAAAAGCACACCGUGACCAGCAGCUUGUGUUACUCAAGGAGCAUCUAGAAAAAUAUUACAGGAGCCGUAAUCGGAAAUGGAUUGUUUUAUUUCCAGAGGGUGGCUUCCUUAGGAAAAGGAGAGAAACAAGCCAGGCAUUUGCCAAGAAAAACAAUUUGCCAUUUCUUAAACAUGUCACCCUGCCGAGACUUGGGGCAACACAAGUAAUUCUGAAAACGCUUGUAGCACCGCAAGAAAAUGGAACUCCAGCAGGUAGAGACACUGUGAUAAAAGAGAGCAAAUCAAAAGGCCUCCAGUGGGUGAUAGAUACAACCAUUGCGUAUCCCAAAGGUGAACCUAUAGAUAUCCAAACUUGGAUUCUUGGCUACCGACAGCCAACAGUUACACAUGUGCAUUACAGGAUUUUUCCAGUUAAAGAUGUACCUGCAGAGCCUGAAGCUCUUACACACUGGUUAUAUCAACGAUUCAUUGAAAAGGAGGAUCUCUUGACGCAUUUCUACGAAACAGGAGCUUUUCCUCCACUACAGGGUCAAACAAAAGCUAUUUCUCGGGAGAUGACCCUCAGUAACCUGUGGCUAGUCGGCAUACAAUCACUUGCGUUUUUGUCAGGCGGUAUGUGGUACUGCAUCUUUCAGUAUUUUUAUCAUUGCCUGUUUUAAAAGUGGAAUGGGACCUGAGGACACAAUGGGAAUCCAGGCUCUUGCAAAUGAAUAUCAUGUUGUAUGUGCAAAUGCGAAUAUUCAAGAGUAAAGGAAAAUACUGGACGGACUCUUACCUCUCUUUGGGGAAAUUUUAAAACUCCACUAAAAGUGAAGAUCAGUAACAUAGUGACCUGAUGAUGUAUUAUUUUAAGAAUUGUCUGUAUUUUUAAAAAUGUAUACUCUCACCCACACUUAAGCAAAUUCAGCAUUUGGACAAAAGGUGCAAUCGUACAACCACCGUAGAAGAAUGUCUGUGACAAGAAAGCUCUGUCACCACAAGUAUUUCUUGGCAUUGUAGUUAGAGCUCAGAAAAUUCAGCAACUUGUCUCUUCAGUAGUCUGUACAGCAUUGGUGUGGUAGAGAUUCCUCAUUUGCACAAACUUGUACUUUAUUGCAACUCAUUGUGCUGGAGUCAAAGAUACUCGGCAGAGCUGGUGGCGGUAUCUUUGCGGCUACGCAGUCAGCAGUUGUUGUAUUAGACACAUUGAUCUAAAACCAAGACCCAAAUAAGAUCCAGCGUCAGGUGUGUUUUGUGAGGAAUCAGUCCUCAAAAAAGCAUUGCAGCAUCAUCGUGUGAUUAAAAACUAUCCACAUUUGAUGAAUCAGCCCAUCCCUGCUGUGGUCUUACCAUCAGCUCUCCGAAUUCCGUGUGCUACCAGUAUCUCAUCGUAUGAGGAAACUUGGAAAAUAUAAAGUCCCUUGGUUUAUUUUUCCCUUUUUGUUCAGAAUGCAUCUCAACGAUCACUAUCAGUUUUCACAAUGCACUUUUGAAGGUGAAAAUACAGUGAAGGAAAGACAUAAAACUUAGGGAAUAGGGGAAAGCUUUAUUUGUCACGCAUUGGAAGCCAGAGCAAUUCUAGCUGUUUCUGAAGGUCUGCUGGUGCUGCUGGUGAUUUUUAGCCACCUUUGUAUUUUGUAUACUGCAGUCCAACCAAGGUGACCUUUGAGUGGUUUAUAGAGGCCUUUUUCUCCCCGCUAGUUGCAACAGCGCUAAAUAUACUUGUGGGAGAGUUUAAAUAAUUCAAUGCCAACCAUCUUAAUGUUUUGCUAAGGAGUAAUAGAAGAAAAACUAGUUUCUUAAAUAGAAAAAAUAGGUAUAAUUGCUAUCAUAAAUCUAUAGGAAGAUACUACUGUGGAAAAAAAAAAAGUAUGGUAAAUACUCUGAAUAACUACAUGGAGGGCAGUAUUAAUUAGCGUACCACUGUGCUAAAAUCUUACUGGAAGAGGGAUGAGUUGAAUUUAAAGGCAGACGGGAACAGAAGACACGUUCGGAUGUGUAACAUAGGAUACUUUUGAAAGGAUGUCUAUGAUGUACUGUCUUACUUCUGGCAGGUCUAGUUGGCAUCGUGUUUAUGUGAUUAUACACAGAUUUGAGAGCUGUUCCUAAAAUAAAACUAAUCUCUCUAAAUACAAGCAGGAUAGCCAGAACUUCAGAUGUUGGCACACUGCCUUUUACAGAGUAAUUUUACUGAGAACAAAGUAAGCCCUCAGUAGUUUUGGCUCCGAGUUAGCAAUAUUGAUCCCCCUUCUCUCUCCCUUUCCUGCUACAUGAAUCACGGUGGGUGGUGUGCAGAAUACAAAACCUAGCCAGUGUUCCCUUUGCGGGGGGGGGGAGCUAAGAGCAUACCAAAAUACGAGGCAAUGCCAAUUUCCCUGACUUAAUGGAAAAAUACCUAGUCAAAUAUGCCACCCCUGUCCCCCCAAAAGCAGUAGUUUUAUCCCGAGGUAGCUCAGUGGGAUGGCUGCAAAAUGAUACACCAUAGUAAGUUCCCUGAACUAUAAGUCCCCUCAUGGACGUGAAAGAACCACUGCAGCUGGGAGGCAAAGGACGGGGUUGCCUACAGUGUAAUGUUUUAGGUAAGAUACUGUUUCUAAAUCCCUUCUCUUUACACCCAGUCACACACCUGAAUUCUGGUGUAACGUAAAAUCCGUUUAAAAAGAGGUAUGCCCUGAAAGGGAGGCAGUCUUGGGAGUAUGUUUUUCUUCCUGUUGCUCUUGUACAUUGGCUAAAGUACAGCUGAUGGAAUGAAUGUAUUUAAUCUGCCAUUUUACAGGAGGGUGUUCGGGGCAGCCCGGUGCCGUUACCGUGUAAGUGGUUACGUCUGCUGCACGUGGGCGUAAAUGGACCCUCAAAACUGCAAAAUGCAGAUGCAGGCUACUCGUUUCUGUCCUCUGCCAGGUGGCUUGAUCAGAACCACAGAGAUGCCCAUAGUACAGCUGGUUUUAUUUUGAGCUAGGACAGACUGGAGUGAUAUAAAAAGGGAAGUUUAUAUAAGCAGAUUGCACAGCAGUAACUCGCAUCAGGAGGUUGUUCUUUGUAGACCCUGUGAAUUCCAUGUCAGAGCAUACUGUUUUUUCAAAUGCAGUACAUUUUUUUUUAUCCACACACACCACACACCCCCCCCCCCCCCCCCAGUGGAUUGCAGUCAAUAGUGAGUGUUCACAUGCUGCCUAAAGAAAUUAGUAAUGCGCAAUAAUGUUUCAGAUAAUCAUUUGAUUUAUCUGGUCCUGUUCAUUUUCAGUUUGUUCCUCCAUAGUUCUUACUAUUGCGAGACAUUUGUUUUCACGCACUGAUUGUUGUUUUGGUAGGGUGAGUAAAUAGUAUUAGGUCUUAGGCUUCUUUCCUGCCUGCACUGAAAAAUGUGAAGAGAGCCUGACGUUGUGUCUCCUUACGGCUGAGUUGCUGUAGAUGACAGUGGAAUGAAACCGUUCUUAAGAAACUCGGAAGUACCUUCCCAGCAUGAACUUGGAUGCUGCUUCAUGAAAGAGAAUAAGUUGGAUAAAAGAAGCUUUUCUAUUAGGGGAAAAACAUAAGAAGUAUACAAUAGAUAGGAAACGCUGUGCUAAAAAUACCAUGCUGGUCAAGACUGUUUGGAGCUUAGCAGGCUGGUUUGUAAAAUGUAAAUUCCUGUCGGUUGCAGUUCAGUUCUACCUUCUGGCAGUCGGCCAGCGUUACAGUUGUAGUGGGCGUUUUGCUGCGCCAUCCAUGGGCUUCCUCUUCUGAAGAGUUCAAAAUGCGUUUGCUAGAAAAUGAUGUUAGUGAACCAUACAGUUGAUCACAAAACGGUUAAUUAACAUAACUUUGAAUUUAUAUUAGGAGAAAUAUAAGGGAGGACUGUAUAAAGUGAUACAGAAUGAAAAAAUUACAGAAAAAAUGCUAACUGAAAGCUGUUGCACACGGAAGUGAGAACAUAGCGAUAUAAGUGUAUUGCGAAUAAAGAUGGUUCUCUGCCAGGGUUGCACACAAAACAUCUGUACGUUUCUAUGUUUAAUUGUUCAUAAACAAGUUGUUACAAUUGAAACGAUGCAGGUCCUAACGGUUUAGCAUUACUGCUCUUCGAAUCCCAUUACGUGGAGUAUCUGCCUAUUCACAACGAGCAGCGUUUUCUUCAGUGCCCUUUGGUGAGCGCACCUUCCUUACAGGUUCUCUAGUAUUUUAUGUACGGUUCUAUCAAGCUUUUCAACAAUGAUGUCGCUUGCAGGAGGGAUUUUUUUUUUUUUUUAAGUUGCUCUUACCAGAUUUUGAAAAGCAAGAUUUCAAUUUACCAGGCUCACUGGAAAAUUAAAAGCUUCCUUCUCCCUCCUUCACCCCCAGCAUCAAAAAUAAGAUGCAUCUUAUUGCAGUAAAAAUGCAAUGAUCACUGUGGUACUGUUCAUUAGUCACUUGUUUUGCAAAUGAUGUAACUGGUUUUUUUUCUGUCUGACACUGCCAUAAAGUGCUGUUAACUUUUUUCACCUGUUUGUACAAGAUAAUACAGAUACCGAUCACUGUGUGUGACAGGAUUCAACUGCUCCACUUUGCCUUGACAUAAAAUUUUGGGACCAAAGGUACUUAAAACUGGCAUUUCCAAAUCACAAGACUGGGGUCGGGUGCAUUCUCUUGAUAGUCAGCUGGAGAUUUUGUGGUGAUCUGAUACAAUCACACAAAAUAAUUACACAUCUGGGGUACUGUAUUGUUUGGAAAUAAUGGAGCCAUAUGAAAUAAAGGAUUAUUUUGCAAAAUUGCAUAUUUGAUAGUUUUUACACUUUUUUUAAAAAAAAAGAACAAUUGGAAGAGCAAAAUUGAAACCAUACUCUGGUUUAAAAUGUCUGCAUACGUUAUGAACACUUCUGAGCAGCUUUAUUUUUCCUGUAAAAACUGUAGACUACCUGGCUGUGAUACAAAAGAAGUCUUUAAAAGGAUUCUAUGCAUUUUAAAGUUAAACCUUUUAUUUUAUCAUUGGAUGAUGAAGUAAUUAUACACCGAACAACUGUCCUAUUAAAGUGAGUUAGUUCCUUAAAAUUACUCUAUAAUGGUGUUCAUUUUGUAUGAUGAAAAUUCGCUUUCUUGAUACCAGUUAUUUUCACCUCCAAUUUUCUCCUUCCCUCCUGUGUUACCUGCAUCUUUGUUUUGUGUGACAAAACGGGUGCAGAAGCCUGUAGUGACUCUCAAUGAUUUUGCAAAGGGCUGGCCAUGUUUGGAAUUAUUUUAUGGAAUUUAUUUCAUUGGAUUUUUUUAUCAAAUCUUUCCAGCAGCCAAGAUGUCUUUCAGAAAUGUAGAUGGGUACCAGAAGCGGCGUUUCUCUACAGAGAUUUAGGUGUCUUUUCCCUUUUUUUUUUUUUUGUUGUGUUGGGCAAAAAUAAAGGCAAAAAUAAAGUUGAUUUUUUUUUUUUUUCAAGAUUAUUUCAUGUGCUUCUAAUCUUUAACAGAUGAGAUGACUUUCUUUGGUUGUAUUUAUUGUGCUUAUAUCCAAUAGAUACACAAUCUCUAUUGUGCUUACCAUAAACACAACAAAUAGCAAAAUGACACUUUGGUUCGCUCUACAACUGCAGUGCUAAUUUGUGAUAGAUAACGUUGCUUAUUAGAGCUCUCAUCAGGAAGGACACGGAGACAAAUGUUCCUUUGCCAGAAGCGGUAAGGGGAGGAGUGGAGCAGUAAGGAGGAGGGGGGAAAGCAGCUUCUGCAGCCCUCGCUCACUCCAGCACCCGCUGGGAACUUUGCCGGCGCUCAAGCUACAGAGUUUCUCCGCAGGUCCCUGCGUAGCAAUGAUUCCCCUUGAAGUCUCUGAGAGUUGAGGGCGCGCCAAGAGCAGAACCUGGGCCCCCAUCGACCCUGGAUUGCCACCAUCCUAGAAAGACAUGAAUCCAACCUUUUUGCGAGCAAGGCUGUAAUCAUUUUGUAGAUAGGUAUAUUUUUCUAACAGCGAGUGGUCUGUUUUUAAACAACUUCAGCUAGGCAAAGCAAUAUCGAGUGGAACAGCGCCGUUCAUUCUGUGGCCCUGGCAUCUCUCGCUACCGAUAGCUCUUAGCUCUGCGUCACCUUCCGUGUUAACUGCCGGUGUGGAAUACCGCAACAUACAACAAAGGACAAAGGAACUCCUUGGAGCGUAGUAAGACAUCUCGCACAAUUUCCAAAACAGCGCCAUGGUUGUAGUUACGUCUACCUCUUCGUUUCCCUUCUGGGUUUUGUCUUGUUUCUCUGUGAGGGGUGGGGGGAAUCGGGGAGGGAGAAAGUGGGAGGGGAAACUUGAAAUCUGAAUAUAAGAUGCUGGUGGGGGAUCCAGUGCUUACCAGCCGUGUUGUCAUAUUGGAAAAGCCAUUGUUUUUAAUUCCUGCCUAGUAUGAAAUGUUUGUUUUAAAGAAAUCCUUCCUGCCAGAAAGAAAAAUGUAUUUUUGAAAAGAAAAAAAAAAAAAAAUCCCUCUUUUGGCUAUGAGAAUGUCAGCUGUAUGAGUUGUGGCCAUAUCAUGACAGGCUGAUCAGACAUAAAUAAAUUUUUAUCUCUCAGG